GUCAUCCAGGAAGCGGAAGCGUGAGCCUUUCGACCAAAGUUUGUUUAGCCUGUUGGCUAAAAACAGCAAAACUUCAGCCAGUUGUCUUGGUUUUUAUGAAACAAUAGUAACUUUAAUCCACUUUUUUUGUAGUUUAGAGCUAAAGUACUAUUCGUGCAGAACAAAAGCAGGCGGUAAUGGGGGGAACCGCGAGUAAGUUGCCGAAAGAUCUUCUAUCAGAGUAUCAGGAGCUUACAUUUCUCACCAAGCAAGAAAUCUUACUGGCACACAAAAGAUUCUCCGAGCUCCAGGGCAGAGAAAAUGGGCCGUACAGCUCCAGGGUGUCCAUGGAGAAGAUCCUCACGCUUCCUGAACUGAAGUCGAACCCCUUCCGGAAAAGGAUUUGUCACGUCUUCUCGACCUGUGACUUGAGGGAUGGCAGCUUGUCCUUUGAGGAUUUCCUGGACCUCUUGAGUGCCUUCAGCGAUUCUGCAACGCUGGAAAUCAAGUCCCAUUACGCCUUCCGGAUCUUUGACUUUGACGAUGACGGCACACUUGAUGCUCGAGAUCUGGAGAAGCUGGUGAACUGCCUGACGGGCGAGACGGACGACACUCGCCUCACUGUAGAGGAGAUGAGGCAGCUCAUAAGCAACAUCCUGGAGGAGUCGGACAUCGAUAAAGAUGGAACGGUGAACCUCUCCGAAUUUCAGCACGUCAUCUCCAGAUCUCCAGAUUUUGUCAGUUCAUUCAAGAUUGUGUUGUGAAGUUUCCACCGAAUGGAAGCGUCUCUCUCCGGUCCAGAUUUUUCACCUGAGCUUUUAAUCUGUCAAUAAUGUAGCAUGUGAAUGUAUUCUCUCAUUUAAUGUUUCAACUGUUUAUAUUUUUGAAACAUUUUUUACUAACUCUACUUUCUAUCCUGUAUUUUACAUCAUAUAUUUGUACCUAAUUUAAUAAACUCUUAAUACUGCAACUUUGACAUCCUGGUAUGAAAUGGGUCCGUUUCUGUCAGGACGGAGAUUGUUCUUUCGGCACAGCGGACACAAACGUGUUCCAUAACCCACAGACAACGUCCUGAACACACAUGCUGUGCGUAGGGAAAUAAUCCACCAGCGUCGGCUCAUCUGUGCUAUCUUCACUGCAGUGUCCCAGCUGUCCAUAAUGACCUAAUAAUGUGACAGACGGAGGAAAGGCAACUUUUAGCACUUUUGAAACAACAAUUGGAACAAAACCUUUUGA